AUGUCCAAUCCUUAUGAGGCAGCCAAGCGCAAAAGUGUGCUUAAUCAAGAAAGAAAACUGGGGUAUAAUGGAUUAAAAGUAAUUGUUCGAGAAGAUCCAGCAGUACCCCAGUAUCAAAUUCUCCCCACAUUUAGCAAGAAAUCGGACUACCAAAUGAAACUUGUGGUUGUUGGAGAUGGUGGAUGUGGAAAGACUUGUCUUUUGGUGUCUUAUACCCAACAAAAAUUUCCAGAAAUUUAUGUUCCUACUGUGUUUGAAAACUACGUUGCCAACGUCAGAACCCCCGAACAAAAACUAAUUGAGCUUGCCCUCUGGGAUACCGCAGGUCAAGAGGAAUACGACCGUCUUCGUCCGUUAUCGUACCCUGACGUAGACAUAUUACUCAUCUGUUUUUCACUUGACAAUUUGACAUCACUUCAAAACGUAACCGAUACGUGGUACCCUGAAGUGAACCAUUUCUGUCCUGGAGUCCCCAUUAUUCUCGUAGGGACCAAAGCUGACUUGCAUUCAUCCAUUGAUGACCAAUUACCCAUCGAGGUGGCCACCGAUAUCAAUGCUGUUGGUUACGUCAAAUGCUCAGCCAAGUCCAUGUUCAACAUCAAAACGGUGUUCAAUUUCGCCCUCCAUCAUUUCCAGCGCCAGAUCAAUGUCAAGGAACAGAUGGAAAGAACCCGACAACACCGUCUUUCUCGGGCAUUUGGCCACACCCGAAACCAGUCUUCAAUCUCUACUAAGAGAGGACAUAAUAAAAAUUCGUCCAUUGAGUCAGCCCUCCUCUUGGAACAACCAUUGACCGAUGGAGACGGUGAUUACAACCCAUAUGUGGCUUCCGAUAAUAAAUACAACGACGACGAAUUUGCAUUUACCCGAGAAAAGGCCAAGAAGCGAAGACGCUGUAUAAUACUAUGA